CUCCACUCUAUGGUUAGCAGGGAACGCUUCCGGCGCAUGCGUGCCGCCACGCCUUUCCCCCUCCCACCACUAGCCUGGACGCGUCGGCUCUCCUGCCUGCCCUGCGGAGCUGCCGAGGGGAAGGGGGUGUGUCGCCUUCUAGUCGCGGCGUUUCCACGCUACUGCGACAUGGCGGUGGCGGGCGCUGCCAGAGUUCUGUGGCGGGAGAGGCGGAGCUGGGGCCCGGCUGCCGCCCGCAGGACAGGGCUCGCUUUCCCUCAGUUGUUGGCAUUCUAGCACUAAGUGGAAAACAUCCCAUCCUUGAGCAGAAGACCCCUCUGCAUGAGUUCGGAGACCUUUGGAUGCAACCCCGUGGCUGACAUCCAGAUUAACAAAGCACCAAUGUACAGGAAAGGCACCGGUUGCAGACAGAGAUCAUCACCUAGUUUCCUUAACCGCCCUGAUCAACCCAAACUCGCUUUUAAUAAGCUAAAAGGCAAGAAUCCUGGAGUUGUCUUCCUCUCAGGCCUUUAUUCAAGUAUGAAUGGUGAGAAGGCAACUGCACUCGAAGACUUCUGCAAAUCAAUUGGCCAUGCUUUUGUCAGGUUUGAUUAUAGAGGCUGUGGAAGUUCAGAAGGCAUCUUUAGAGAGUGCACAGUAGGAAAAUGGCGAAAGGAUGUUCUUGCAGUUUUGGAUGAACUUACAACAGGACCACAGAUUUUAGUUGGUUCCAGUUUGGGUGGUUGGUUGAUGCUUCAUGCUGCAAUUGCUCGUCCAGAAAAAGUGGUUGCGCUAGUUGGAAUUGCUUCAGCUGCAGACCAUCUUGUAUCAACUUUUCAACAGCUUCCUGUAGAGGCAAAAAAGGAAGCAGAAGAAAAAGGUGAAUGGAAGAUGCCAACCAAACACACCGAAGAAGGGUUUUAUGCUGUGCCGUAUGAAGUCAUUCAGGAAGCAGAAUCUCACUGUGUGUUAGGCACUCCUCUUCCCGUAAAAUGUCCUGUGAGACUUAUCCAUGGCAUGAAGGAUGAAGAUGUCUCAUGGCAAAUUUCCCUGAAGAUUGCUGACCGUGUUGUCAGCACAGAUGUGGAUGUUAUUCUCCGCAAAAGUGGUGAACAUAGGAUGAAAGAGCCGGAUGAUAUCAAGCUUAUUAUAUACACUGUUGAAGAUUUGAUUGACAAGCUGACCGCGGCAUGAAUUGCAUAGUGGCAGGAACACAAGGUGUUUGCACUUGGGCAGUUAAAAAACCCUGUUUCAACAGAUGACCUGUUACCUAGAAAGACCUGGAGCUUUACAGUGGUUUAUGUUGUUUCUUUGGUGUCUGGAUUUUAUUUUAUUUUAUUGGUAAAUACAGCUAUAGUCUUAAUGCUGCAUUUGCACAGAUAGAAGACGUGAAGAAAAUGCCACUGUUGAAACUCCUUCUACCACAAACAAAUCACCUGUGACCCUUUAGGCAAUAUGCAUUUCCUACACUUUUAUAUCCUGGUAUAUUUGUGCUAAUAAUCACCUUUUAUUAUCUUGUAGUACAGUGUGGCAUUUUUGUCCUUUUUUACACCUUUAAAAUAAAUAUGCAUUGAAAUAUUCUUCCACUUGAGUUGUGAAAUGUAACUUAGCAAUCCAAACUCACAGGAAAUAUACUUGAAAUACUCAUGUGUUACUUCUGGUAUAAGUGGAGACAAUUUAAGGAAGGUUUGCUUAAAAACUAAUGGGAAAGGAUGCUGUGAAUUAUUUAAAACUAUUGAAUUGCUGGUGAUGGUUUUCCUAUACAGGAGUUGUAGGUACCUGAGACUGUUUCUUGUUUUGUGACUACAAAGUGACUUUGGUGAUUCCUGUCACCAGAAUAAAGUUAAAAUCAAGCUUGUUGCUUAUCACUGAAUUGAUGAGCUUCUGUGCACUAGAGCGAGGAUCUAUGUAGUUGAAGUUCACUUGUCAGAAGCCUACAUGCGUUACAUGCAGGGGGAAAGUUCUGUUGAAAUGAAUGGCACUUGAUUACCGACAAUGUAUCUUGGACUCAUACAGAAGUUAAACGGGUCAUAAGUAUGUCUGGCAUGUGAUAGAUGCCUAUCUAGAUUGUGAUUUCUUAAUAUAAAUUUCUACUUGUUAUUUGCCAAAGAAGAUCAUAUUUGUAAAGUAGAUUUUUUGAGUAUUUCAUGUCUGAUAAUUCAGCCAUCUGGUGACAGUAUUCAUCAGUGACAAGGCUCCUCAGACUUUUAAAUAAAGAGAUGUGGUUUGGGGAUGUAACUCUCCUUUAGGAAUUGCUCUCUAAAGCCAUGCUACUUUCAGCAUUUAAGCUUGUUGCUAAAAAAACAAAAACAAAACCAUUGUCCUGCAUGGAGUCUCCACGCAGUAGUGUGCACGCCAUGGUAUUCUAAGGUUAGUUUGGAAGUUUUGUUUUGUUCUUUUUCCUUUUGUGAGGGGCUUUCUCCACUGCAGGGUCCAGACUUUCUCUGAUGAAAGAAAAGCAGGCAAUCCUUGCCUGGAAGAGUCUGUUAAAUCUACAUUCUUAAUUACAAAUCUGAAAAAGCAUAUUAGGAAUGGAGUAUAUGCUUUUAUAAGUUGAAGUAAUAGUAAAAAUUAAAUGUUGAAACUCCAUCUGAAAAUAAGACCUUUCUAGAUCAUGCAAUUAAAGGUUCAAAUGGCUUAUUCUGUUGCUUAUAGUCCAUGGUUGCAAUCCAAAGUAUUUCACUUACACACAUUUGCUGUUAAUGAUUAUGUUAAUGUUGCCUGUUCAUGUGUCAUUUUCUUCAAAAGGCCAAUUCCCAUUGCACAUGGAAAACUGUCUUUCUGGAUUCUAAGGAUUAAUGUGUAUUUUAAAAAUCCACAUCACAAGCCAUAUUACUUUGAAAUUUGAGUCUGUUCCCCCCCCCCCAAAAAAAACCAACAACAACAAAAACCAACAACCACAUGUUGUCAGAGUCUUACUUUGGGAAACCACUCUCACUAGGUGCUAUUUCCAUAGAGACUUCAGCAAUUGGAGUCUAGUGACGUGCCUUACAGAUUCUCAGCACUUAGUGUUUCACACCUCCAGGGAAGAGACUGUCUCUAAUUGUAAGGUAGCAAAUGUGGUUUAGUUACUUUGAGAAACACAACAUUGCAUGUCUACACAAGCCUAGAUGACCCGAACAUGAACUUGCCAAACAACAUAGGCUUGGGUUUGUGCUGCACCACUCUCUUCUGGAUUACAGCAUUAUGUGGAAAUACCUGUGAAAGCAGUAGGACUGUUUUUCAUGUAAUGAGUUCACUAAUGGUGAAUACUGUAUUCCAAAAGCUGUUCUCAGAUAUUGCCCUGUGCUGUUCUUUUUGACUGCAUGUAUGAUUCAUGAAGAAUGUUGUGCAAAUGUGAAUGGUGUCACUAGAAAAAUCUCAGUAUUGCAAGUAUUAGGCAACUGAUUUGCUUUUCUUGUUUAUGCUGCUAAGUUAUAGGAAGAAUCUUUUUGACCUUGAUUAUGCACUUUCAUAAUGGAUGACCACACUGUGUAGAUUCAAAUAUGGGUAAUUUUAGCAUCUGUUGCAUGCUGAUACCAAGUAUGGAUCUUCAACCCAAAUUAUACUUUAUAACUAGCUCAAUUAUAUCCCCUUUGUUCUGCUCACAACUAUCUGUGCCCCUUAGGUGCCCGAGGAGAGACUUAAAGCAAACUGACUUUCCAUGUGUGACGAUAUACAAUGUACAAAAUACUAAAAGAAAUGUCUUAUUUAUCCCUGUGAGUACACAAGGUAAGGGUGUUUUGUGUGUUUAAUAAAAUUGUGUUAAUCUAUUCACCUACUGCAUAAGUUUUGAAAGAAAUGAAAAUAUUUGACUAUGCACGAAUUGCGCUAAUCUGUAAUAAGAGAUUUUUCCCACUGUAAGUUUACACAAUUCUUUAAUACCUCUUAAUAAUAAAGCGCUGCUGUUCUGGAA